AUGAUGUUGAUAUGGAGGUUGUACUGCUUCAUCCACUUUGUUGGCUACACCCAAGAACUUGUGGAUCUUACCAAAUGGAAAAAAUAUUGGAUUUUCACUGCAAGAACAAGUUUUGUUUGGGUUUACUCUGGCACUCUUAAGCCUCAGAUAAAUGUUGUUCAGGACUUGAACCGUGUUGCGUUACUACAGGUACAGGUGAACUUAAUCUUACCUGAAGCAAAGACUGGUGAUUGCUGA